GUCGCCAGGGCGGUCUGAGCUGUGGACCUCUUGUUCCGUGCCAGCGCGCCAGGCUCCCGCGGGAUGCGCGCUUUCGGUGGAGACUGGGGAGAGAUCACAAGACUGCCGGCAUUGUCUCCUUUUCCAACUCAGUUUCCUGGAUUCCUCCCAGAGACCCGCUGUUCUUUCCUUUUAACAACACACUGGUUUGUCAUGACAGAGGAGUUUUAGAGAAGAAACAAAAAAAAGAAUGGACAGUUUAAAUGAAUAUUCCCGUAAUUCAUUUGACCUACAAUCUCUAUUAAACUCACUUCCUGGAGACUUGGAAUUUAAGCAGAUCUUCAGUGACAUUGGCGAACAGAUGGGGCAGAACGCUGCAAGCAUAGAGCAUUGCAUUGAAGAAAUACAGUUUGAAGUAAACAAACUUUGUCCAGAUGUGCAGCUGCAGACAACAACCGACUGCUUCAAGUGGCUAGCUAGCUAUAAUUAUGAUUCAUCUAAGUCACCAUCUAUUUCCCAUGGAGAUUUGAUAGCGUUCCUCAAAAUAAUGCAAGAUGUAUUGAAUAAUGAAGAAAAUCAAGAAGAAAUGAUCCUGGAUCUACUCUGGGACCUCUCCUGUCAGAGCAACAUCUCAUUCCUGUCACUCCUAGGUGGGACCUCUUUCUGUUUCCUCUCCAGGACAUGUCUGCAUUCUGUUGAAGAUUACUCCUCUGUGGAUGUAAAGUCUAUUUGGGAUGAUAUAAGAUUACAUCUUCGACGAUUCUUGGUGAGCAGGUUAGAAAGCCAUAAUGAGAUCAACAAUUCACAGCAAAGAAUUGAGCUGAAAAGUCAGUGUGUGCAGCAGCUCCUCCUGCUCUACCCAGAAUCAGAAGUGGUUGCCAAGUACCAAAGCAUACGAAAGAGACUGCUGGCUACAUUUCUGCAAAACUCCUUUCCUUCCUACAACAGAGAUUCAGAUUUAGAAGUAAUUGUUCAUGGAUACCAAAAUACAAUGCUCACGAUAUAUUCAAUGAUAAAAGAGGAUUUUAACAUACUAUGUGAAAUUUUAGCUCCAUCCUCAAUGGCACAAUUCAUUAAAGAAUCUUACCUGGAUACAAUUACUGAAGAGAUGGCAAAAAUUCUUGAAAGUUUUUGUGAGCUUCAGUUCAUAAAAAAUGCUGUUCCUGUAGCUAAAACAAUCAAGAGCUCGGGCAAGCACAGAGGAGCCAUGCAUGCUUUGGUCAGCUUUGCGUGCCCACAGGAUCGAAGACACUCUUCUUUGUCCUUACAUGAACUCAGAUUCCUAUCACAGCUGACAGAAUCCACUUUGAAGGUGGAAAAAAGCAUUCAGGAACUGUUUGAAGAGACAUUUUUACUGCUUGAGAUGCCCAGGAAUGCUCCAGGAAUAGUGAAAAAAUCUGAUAAGGAAGCCAUGGGAGAGAAACAUAUAGCAAAUGAAAUCAGUGUUCCUCCAGAGCCAUUAUUACCAGUUAAAGAGGCUGCAUUGCUAGAGUUUGACUGGAGAAAUUUAUUUAAAGAGAGCUCUCUUGCCAUGGGACACUGCAUAUCAGCAGCCAUUGAAGAUUUUUCCACGAAGGUUCUCCAGCAGGAGCAAAUGGAAAGAACCUCAGCUGUGAGUUACACUAUGAACCUUGUAAAUGUCCCAAAAGUUUGGCGAGAAGGUCACAUAUUUCCCGAGGAGGAACAACCAAAGCAAGUUGCCAAGUUUUGUUCUGACAUCAUGGAAAAGCUGGACACAAUGCUCCCACUGGCUCUGGCAUGCAGAGAUGAUUCUCUCCAGGAAAUUAGGGGGAACUUCGUGGAGGGCUGCUGUAAAGUGGCAACAGCUGUCCUGGAAAGACUGCAGGAAAGAGGCAGGGAGGUGCCUUCCAGAGCACCCCUGAAGAACCUGCACACCCUCCUCUCCACGGCAGCCUAUUUAUCCCAGCGUUUCAUGCAGUAUGAUAAUCUGAUGAGAGAGACAACUAAGAAACCCAUAUUCCUGGUGCCUGUCCAGCGGUAUCAGGAAUUCAUCAACACUCUACAGUUUCAGCUUACAGAUUACUGCAUCAGAGUUUGUGCUACAAGCAUUUUACAGGAUGCUGAGAGCCACCACUGGGACGACUACAAAGCUUUUUAUGAGGGGGAAAGAUGCUCCUUUUCUGUCCAGAUGUGGCAUUACUUCAGCUGGGCUCUACGUCAUGAUCUCUGGACCAUACUGCCCGCUAAGCUGGCCCAGGAGAUUCUGGCAGGGGUCCUGGAGAAGUCGUUGUGUCUACUUGCCUCCAGAUAUGCUCAGGCAUGUCCCAGUCCUAAGAGAACGGCACAGAUAAGACUUGAUGUCACGACAAUCUUAAUAUGCACUGAGAACUUAUUAUGGUCAGUUUGUACUUCUGUACAGGAAAUUUUGAAUCCUCAUGAGUAUAACAACAAUAAAAUUUUUAAAAUUCAUACUCAUUGCAGCAACCUCUUUACAACAUUAGCAAUUUUGACAUCACCACUAACAGAAUUAUAUAAAACUUUUCAGCGUGGUGUGGAUGAUUCAGCUUCAAGUUCCUUAACGUCAUUGUUUACUCAGCCACUGCACUGGGUCUCGUGCAUCCCGCAGUCCUGCCCUUCUUCACUCAGGCCUGCAUCAGCUGGAGGACUGAACGCCAAGGGCCAGUUGAAACUACUCUUAUCCCAGCCAUGCUGUAAGUGGAACCUACUUCUGGAGACCCUGCUCCACGGUGAUGGCCUCAUACCAAGAAUCCUACUGAAAAGCUCAAAACAAGCUCCUGGCAUAGAGAAAGGCCAGAAGGAUGGCUGCAGUGUGGUCGAAGCCAUCUUCAAGGUUCUGUACCAUUGUCACCUGUCUCCACAAACAUUUGGACAUGUUUUCAUGAGCUACAUGGAAGAAGAACAGCUCUGGGAAUUUCUGUGCAGCGUUCCAGUCUCUGUGUGCACAGAGUCGCAGCCGGAAGUCAUCCGCUGUCUGAGACUGGCGCUGAUGGACGCUGUCAAGAACACUGUGCAGCAGGUAAUAGCCAUGCUGAGGUGUGGGAGAAACCGCGAGACAGACCUGAACAAGCCCCGCCUUCCUGGUCAUCUGCUCCAGAGCCUUCCACGAGAAUGGGGUUAUAUUCCAAGAGAGUCCAGAAGGAAAGAACCAAGUAAAGGCUUCCCACGGCUUGCUGCUCAGGCAGUGUCUGUGGUAAUCAGCAAGUUACCUACGGUGAUUGCAUGCUUGCCUCCCACAAUUAAAUACUUCUUUUUUCUGUCUGAGAGGAAAAUGUCAAAAAACUUGGCUGAAUUGAAGAAAGCUGGCCUGCUUGUCUGGAACUUGAUUGUAAUUAUAUGUCGGAUAUUUGAGGAUGGGAACACCGUGGAACAUUUAACAGGUGCCUUCCUUGACAGAUGGAGUAAAGAGAAAGCAGCCUUCAUCUCUGUGUGUUUGGAAAGUAUUCUAGGAGAGAGAAGCAGCCCUUGUCAGCUGACCCAGAAGGUCAUACUGAGCAUUGAGCGGCAAAACCCCAACUGGAUGGAGCAUCAGCUUCUGAGAGCAAAGACGCUGAGCAUCAACUGUGCAUUUCUGACGGUGGGGAAACGCUCAGGCACAGAAGGAGAUGCCGCUCUUGAACUGACUGAGCAGAAAACAAACGCGAUGGUCCUGGAUCUCUGCCACAAACCAUGUGGCAGCGAGUACCUGAGGCGAAUUUAUCACAUCAUGCGGCUCAAUGAGGACUAUUUAAAGGAACAACUGUCUGCUACAGACCAUUCAGAGGAAAAGCCACUACCCAGCCAACCACUGAAAGUGACCUUGAGGAAUGUAGAAGAUCAGCCUCCUGUUUUUAACCCUUUCCAUGUGCAGAAGAUGUUCACCGAGAACAUGCUAGAUCAGCAGGCAGCCACAGCAACAUGGUGCUGGAAUUGGUCAAACUUGCUGCCAAAUUACCUGCAAGUGGAUAAGAUGACCUUUGGAGCACUGCUCAAAAACAGAUGGGAAAUGAAAAGAGAUGAAACUCUGGAGGAGAAAGAAAAAAUGAUGCUGGACUAUUUAAAACAAAUUUGUAGCAUACAAGAGUCUUCUCCGUUAGACAGCACAGGCGCAAGUGAUCUGCAGAAAACAGCGACAGCUUUAUUUUAGGAAACAGUCUCCUGCGAUGGAGGCUUUCUCAGAAUCAGAGGACUCGCACAUGUGCCACAGAGCGCAGCCAUCACCGCAGUGAUGCACUGAACUGUAAAGAAUGAGAGGCUCCGUGCUUUGACUUUAGAGAUAAUUGCAAACGUUUUUCUUUCCCAAUCUUUCUCCUUAUAUGAUAAAACUGCUGCCAUCUCGUGUUCCCUUUGAAUUAUGGUUUUUUUCUUUCCUUCAAUAUUGAGGCAUCUAUGACAACAGGAAAAUAUUUGUAAAUAUUUUUCUUAUAUAAUAUUUGGAUGUUACAUUGAUUGGAGUCCCACCCCACACCGGAAGUCAUCUGAAAAUUACAAUUUGAUUUGGUAACUGAAGCCUAAGAACAGAUCUUAAUUGCUGAUUGGA